GCGCCACGCUGGGCCGCGGGGCGGGAAGCGGUGUCCCGGGGUCCGGGCGCCCCAGGGUCUCGACGCCCUGCUGCCGGCCUCGGGGGGUGGGACGCGGCGCAGGCCCCUUCCGGAAGGAGACUGGCGUCCGCGGCCUGGCGGGGAGAGCCGUGGAAGGGAUACUUCGGUGCUCCGGGACAGGCCCGGCGGGCCCUUUCUUGCAGUAACCGGGAAGUCGCAGUCUGAGCACCCUGUCCGUUGUCCCCGGACGGCCGGUCCCCUCCCCUGCGACCUCAGGAGGAGUUACCCCACCUGCCUGGUGAGGCCACACCUGCAACUUGUGACUUCUUCCUGCCACAGAGUGUGCUGUAGGCCAUUGGACCCUUUCCCUACCUCCCCAGGCCCAGGAUGGGGGAGUUCAAUGAGAAGAAGGCAACCUGUGGCACCGUCUGCCUCAAGUACCUGCUGUUCACCUACAACUGCUGCUUCUGGCUGGCUGGAUUGGCUGUCAUGGCAGUGGGCAUUUGGACACUGGCCCUCAAGAGUGACUACAUUAGUCUGCUGGCCUCAAGCACCUACCUGGCCACAGCCUACAUCCUAGUGGUGGCUGGUGGUGUUGUCAUGGUGACAGGUAUCCUGGGCUGUUGUGCCACCUUCAAGGAGCGGCGGAACCUGCUACGCUUGUACUUCAUCUUGCUCCUCCUCAUCUUCCUGCUGGAGAUCAUUGCUGGCAUCCUGGCCUAUGUCUAUUACCAGCAGCUGAACACAGAGCUCAAGGAGAAUCUGAAGGACACCAUGAUCAAGAGAUACCACCAGCCAGGCCAGGAGAGUGUGACCAGUGCUGUAGACAAGCUGCAGCAAGAGUUCCACUGCUGUGGUAGCAACAACUCGAAGGACUGGAAAGACAGUGAGUGGAUCCGCUCUGGUGAGGCGAACAACCGUGUGGUCCCUGACAGCUGCUGCAAGACUGUGGUGCCUGGCUGUGGUAGACGGGACCACGCCUCUAACAUCUACAAGGUGGAGGGUGGCUGCAUCACCAAGCUGGAAACCUUCAUCCAGGAGCAUUUGCGGGUCAUUGGGGCCGUGGGCAUCGGCAUUGCGUGCGUGCAGGUCUUUGGCAUGAUCUUCACCUGCUGCUUAUACAGAAGCCUCAAACUGGAGCACUACUGACCACUGUGCCUGGCUGCCUGCUCCUACUGUGCUCCACCUGACUACUGAGUAUUACUGAGUUAGACUGCUGACUGCCAGGGAGGUAGCCAUCCUCAUGCCCUGCCCCUGCCAUCACUGACCCCUGGUGACCUCCCCCGGGGUAGCUUGAAGUGCCUUUCACUGCACACCAGAGUCCUGAGGCAGGGUCACAGGGAAGAGGGGGUUCAUGUGCCUGUGUUGGGUCAGGCCUUGCUGGUAGAGUAGGGUUUAGAUUUUGACAAAAGUGCCUCUUGCCCACAGGCUACCCCCUUGGGGUUGUAGCAAGUUGGGGAAGAUCCUGGCUGCACUACCUGCACAGUGGCUAGACAGGUGGGAGGGGCCUUUCUGGGUAGGGCUGGUACAAGGACUGUCCUAUAGAGAUGGGUGCCGUCUAUACCUGCUGCUGGGUACCAUUGGAACUACUUGCUCCUACCAACUGGGGUUGCCCCAUCCUGCAACCCACACCUUGUCCCCUCCCCACAGGCCUCUCUUGCUCCUAAUAACCUCAGCCCAGCCUCUUCUUACUA